ACAAGUAUUACGAACACACACACACACAUGUGAACGGCCCAUAACACACAUGUAAAACACUACAAUGAAAUCUCCAACACACAGUAUAGUGAUACCGACGAAGUCGGUAUAUGUUCGCAGUCUGACAUAAUAACAUUCAUCGCCACAAGACAUUUAUAUUUAGUCAUCGUAGUAAAGCUGUUCGAGUGCAAGCAUUCAAGCCUAAGUGAGUGUGUAUCGCCAUAGAGUGAAGUAAGAAAUAUGACUAGUGGGCGACAAUAAUUACAGAUUUUUUUCCACCAUUUUUUGGUUGAUAUAUCUUUGAAAAUUUCGAUAAAAUCAUAGAAUCUACGAUCGCAUAGAGCAUAUCUUUUGAAAUUUUAGCUCUUGAAGUGUUGAUGGAAAGUGUAAAAUCUCCAAUUCCUCACUGAGAUUUCGACAUAACAAGUUAAAUCGCCACCACACAGACAGACACACAGCCAUUUGAAUAGUCUAUUUUAAACGUAUUCAACAGUGUAUUUGAAUUGUGAGUGUAAGAAAACAGCAUAACAAUGGCCAUCGAAACGAUAUCGAGGCGAAACAUGUACUUAUGCGCCGCACUAUUGCUAGUUCUUGUGUCAGCGAAUUUAGUACAGAGUCAAUUUGCUGAGAAACUCAUACAAAAUCCAUGCGUUAGCAAAACGAAUUGUCAUGAAUGUAUCCAAGCAAAAAGUUGUGCCUGGUGCAUGCAUCCAGAUUUUGGAGAUAAACCACGUUGCUUCCAGCCUAGCUUGUCACCUUUGACCGGUGGCUGCCCCGAAGAGUAUACUUACGAUCCGGACAAUAUAGAAAUUUUGAAUGAAACGCGACAAUUGACACGUGGUGGCAGUGCUGCUGCUAUUUCUGGAGGAUCAGGCCAGUCGAUUGCCGGCGGAUACUCUUCGUCGAGUCAAAGUGAAAGCUAUAACAGGAAGGAUUACAGUCAGGAAAGCUGGGACAGACAAACACAACAAAGCGCCAAUUAUAAUAGCAAAAAAAGUGGACACCACGUCGAAUAUGGCAGUUUCGAAGAAGGAAAAAUCGUUCAAAUCUACCCACAAAGAGUAUCACUCAAACUUCGAAUAAAUCAAGAGCAUCGACUGAACAUUCAAUAUUCUCAAGCCCAAGACUAUCCCGUUGAUCUUUACUAUCUUAUGGACUUGUCAAAAUCUAUGGAGGACGAUAAAAAAUCGCUGUCAAGAUUGGGCAAAGAUUUGUCUGCGGCUAUGCAAAAUAUCACAUCAAACUUCCGUUUAGGUUUUGGUUCAUUCGUCGACAAGGUUUUGAUGCCGUACGUCUCAACUGUACCGAAGAACUUGGAAGAGCCUUGUGCUGGUUGUGCUAGACCAUAUGGUUUUAGACAUGCAAUGUCAUUAAGUAUGGACACACGUAGCUUUACAGAAAAAGUGAAAGAUGCAGCAGUCAGUGGAAAUCUCGACGCUCCUGAAGGUGGCUUUGAUGCAAUGAUGCAAGCUGUUGUGUGCCGUCAGCAUAUCGGUUGGCGUGAGCAAGCUCGACGCUUGUUAGUCUUUUCAACUGAUGCUGGCUUCCAUUAUGCUGGCGAUGGAAAGCUGGGUGGAGUCAUUGCACCGAAUGACGGAGAGUGUCACAUGAAUACCAACGGUGACUACACACACUCAUCAAUUUUGGAUUACCCAAGUAUCUCGCAAAUCAAUUUGAAAGUCAAAGAAAAUGCAAUCAACGUUAUCUUCGCGGUGACGUCUACGCAAACAACCGUCUAUGAGAAACUGUCCAAACAUAUUGAAGGCUCCUCCAGUGCUACUUUGUCUGAUGACUCAUCGAACGUCGUUGAUUUAGUCAAAGAGCAAUAUAGCAAAAUCUCCUCUUCAGUUGAAAUGAAAGAUACCGCUUCAAAUGCUAUCAAGGUUACAUAUUAUUCAUCAUGUCUUGGCGGUGGCGCUCCAGUGGCAACCUCCAAAUGUGAUGGAUUGAGAGUUGGUGACGUGGUGAGCUUCCAAGCUGAGAUUGUUGUCACUGAAUGCCCACAGGACGAAUCACAAUGGAAGCAAACAUUUAACAUCUAUCCAGUUGGAAUCAAUGAAAGUUUGACCGUUGACUUGGAAAUGCUCUGCGGCUGUCCAUGUGAAAAAGAAAAAAACGAAGUAUACAAUAGAGAUAAAUGCAAGGGACACGGCCAAUACAAAUGCGGAAUUUGUGAGUGCGACUCAAAUCAUUUUGGACGCAACUGUGAAUGUUCGAUUGUUGAUGUACACAGUGAAUCGGAACGUGAUCGUGGCUGUCGUCCAGACAACACAACCUUAACCGAUUGCAGCGGAAAAGGCCAGUGUGUAUGCGGUGUUUGCGAGUGUGACAAACGAAACAAUCCAGAGGAAAUCAUUUCGGGAAAAUAUUGCGAGUGCGACAAUUUCUCAUGUGAACGUGACCAAGGUUUAUUGUGCGGUGGCCCUGAUCAUGGUACUUGUGAGUGUGGUCACUGUGAGUGUAAACCUGGUUGGAAAGGAGCCGAUUGCACAUGCCGAAAUUCAACGGAUACUUGCAUGCCGCCAAACGGUGGAGAAAUUUGCUCUGGCCACGGUGAAUGUGUUUGUGGCGCUUGUAAGUGUCAAGAAACAUCCGAGGGUCGUUACUCAGGAAAGUUCUGCGAAAAAUGUCCAACCUGUUCAGGUCGCUGUCACGAAUUCAAAGAGUGUGUACAAUGCCAAAUGUACAAGACCGGCCCAAUGGGCGAUAAUCCAGAGCUUUGCGCCAAAAAUUGCACACUAUUCGUUCCAAAGGGAGUGGAAGUGCUCAAUGUGAACGAAGAGGAAGGUGAUCACUUGUGCAUUUUCUACGAUGAAAAUGAUUGUCGAUUCGAAUUUGUGUACAAUGACAGCGAUCUUGAAAACAUCAAAGUGGCAGCAAAGGAAAAACUCGAGUGUCCAACCGAGAUUUUCAUUCUUGGCAUUGUGAUGGGUGUGAUCGCAUCGAUUGUUCUCAUCGGAUUGGCGUUCCUAUUCCUGUGGAAGAUCCUCACUACAAUUCACGAUCGACGUGAAUUUGCCAAAUUCGAAAAAGAAAGACGAUCAGCCAAAUGGGACACGGGUGAAAAUCCGAUCUACAAACAAGCAACAUCUACCUUCAAGAAUCCAACGUACAAUGGUGGUCGUUAGACUGACCGAAUUCUACAGCACCAAACUAUGUACUUCUCUCAGAAUUUUCGGAAUUGAAACUUGUUUUGUUUCGAGUAUAUGUUGUUCUUAGGCAUGAUUUAAAUCUGAAUUUAAUCAUCACCAUUACCGAUGAGAUCCGCGUCAAGUACUCAAGCAAAAUUUUAACCCCACUAAUAAAUAAGCAAUCGUAUUCUAAAACUUAUAUACACCGAAGUGCGAAAAAUAGCAGAAAAAAAACAAUGAGAUAAAAAACAAACAUAAUAUUUAUACACAACAAGAUGGAAUACAACGUAAUAUUAACCAAAGAUCGAUUUUGAACAAAAAUGCAUUGUAUUUUAGAAAAUGGGAGUUGGUGUGAUCCGAAUUUUAGGAUUAAAAACCAAACUUUUAUCGAAUUUCUUCGGAUGAGAUCGAUUGAUUGGUGCACCUUUUGGAAUUGUACAUGGGCGAAAAAAUAAACUGAAACAUCAUAUUUUGUGAUGCACUACAAAAACUUAACGCACAAUUUGAAUAGCCCACGCAAUUUCAUACUGCCUUAAUCAAGCAUCCAUCAAUAUCGAUCUUUAAUAGAUUUUCGAAGAAAUAUUUCGAUAAAAUUGAGAGGAUUUUUUUUGCUUUAUAAAAGGAUAUCUAAUAUUAGUUAAAAGGAGGAAGUUUGUCAUCUGAGUCAGAACCGCCCAAUCAACGAAAAACUAUACAAAACAUGAUCUAGGGGCCUAAUCAUUUUCUUAAUUAUUUUAUAUAUCGAAUUUCACUAAAUAACGCGUAUUCAUCGUACAAUCAUUUAUUUUGUAUGAUUUUGCCAUAUUUUACGGUAUUCUUACUGACAUUAUCAUUUGUAUUUAGCAUUAGGUGUUUAAUGUGUCAAGACUAAAACAAAAUGUUUAACAACGUAGAUUUAAUUGAAAUAAAAACAAAAUCAGUGUCAACCGCGCUCUUCGUAACCACUUUAAUUUUGGAAGCUUAUUAAAAAUUGUUUAAACAAAAAUUAUUUAAAAAUGUAUUGCGAAAAGCAAUGCUGAAAGAAUUAACAAUGUGGAUAAAUGCCUUAGACUCUUUUCAGAUACUUAAUUUUCGAAUGAGCAUCUACAUAAUAUGUAAAACUUUUCGUGGAGUUUUGUUCUAUUUCUGUCUUUGUGCCGAAGUGCCCUUUUCAAGUGCAUAAAUUUUCUAAUUCUCUUACGAUAAAUAAAUAAACGGAAUGAUUAAAAUUGA